UUUAUAAGAGUGGUUGCCAUGCUGCAUCAUGGUUGAUGUUGCUGAUGCUUUACGCAGGCAGCUGCUGCGACUCUCGCAAGACAGUGAGGACUGCCGCAAGCUCUUUGAUCAUCAUAUUGCUAAAAAGAAGUGGGACCAGAAUGAUUUGGAAUUUGUGCUUCAGACUUGUGGACGGUGUCUACUUGAUCCCAGGUUAACUCUCAUUCUUGGAGCACACUUGAGCCCAUGGCUUCUUGAGCUGUUGGGGCGGGCUAGGGCUGCGUCAUUAAGGACCCGGCAGACAGGAGGGAACGCACUUCAUCUUGCACUGUGUGUCUCUCUUAGCAAGCUUGUUACCAUUAGCAAUGAAGCAGUCAGAUUUGUCCUUGGUUAUUUUCAAGAAGCUCCAGCACCAUUUGAAAAGAAAGAAGAAGAAGAAUGUUAUGAGCCAGCUCAAAAGAGGAGGAAGAAACAGAAACAGCAGAUGUCUAGCAUAACAGACAGGGAAUUAUUACAAGCCACUUAUGAUCUUUUGGUCUAUGUUGGAGGAGAUUUGAUACAUAUGUGGAAGUGGUCAGGUCUCUUGUCAUAUUUACAUCACCACUCACAGGAAGUCAAAUGGUUGACUUGUAAUUGUAUUGCAGUUUUAUCUAGAAUGAGUGAAGCUCAGAGAGAAGCAUUGAUAAUAAAACAUGUUUCACUGGAAACACACACAAGAUUAUCAGUAAAAAAUGGACAGACAACAUGCCAUAUAUUGCCAACUAUUUGGUCUGAAGAUGAAUCGAUUAAGAGCUGCGCAGAGUUGCGUCACACUGUCAGUGUUAGUGGAGUGUCACUUCCCAUCUUUGACAGAAAAUGUCUGAAGGAAGGUUCCUUGGUGUUACUUCCAUCCACUGAACGUAACCUUGAAGCUGUUGCAAUGUCAGUAUGUCAAGGUCAUCCUGUGUUGAUUGUGGGAGCUGUUGGAAGUGGAAAGACAUCUCUUGUGGAAUAUUUGGCCUGUGUCACUGGGCGAGCUAAAGCUCCUCAUCUAACCAAGGUGCAGCUUGGAGAUCAGACAGACAGCAAGACUCUCCUUGCAACAUUAAAGCUACUACUUUUUACUUCCUAUCAACCUUGUAAAACAGACAUUUUUCUUCAGGCUGUUACUAAGGGCUAUUGGCUUCUCUUAGAAGAUCUGGAUUACGCUCCAAUGGAUGUUAUUUCUAUUCUGCUACCACUGCUGGAGUCAAAGACUUUGUCUCUUCCAGGCCCACCAUUGCUCAUUUUAAAAUAUGAAAGUCUUGUUGCUACUAGAUGGCCAAAACUAGAAUCUAUAUCGGAGAAGCUAGUUGAUGUUUAUCUGAUGCUAUCAGCUGGGCAACAUGAUGAUGAUCGAGAUGGCGACAGCCAUGCUGACGUUAUGAAUAUGACUUCCAUCAAGGUGUCUGGUCGUUUAGUGUCAACCCGUGACCUUAAGAAAUGGUGCUCAAGAGUUUCCUCUCAUGUUGAUAAUAUAGAAAUUUCAUUGGCUAACACAGCAUUCCAGGAAGCUCUUGAUUGCUUUUGUGCAGCAGUGCCAAAUCCAUCAACACACUUCACCUUUGCAGUACACAUUGGUUCAUUCAUGAACUGCACAAAAGCAACAGUGGAAUACUACUGCAUGCAGUAUAAACCGGAAGUAAUGCAUAUGCCUGACCAGUUAAUAAUAGGCCAGAGAGCCAGGUUACAUAAAAAAAAUACUGAUUACUUAUCUAUAGGUCUAAAGAAAACUGUUACUUUUUCAUUGACAAGACCUGUAGCACUCUUGCUGGAGAGGAUUGGUGUUGCAGUAAUGAAAAAAGAACCAGUGUUGAUUGUAGGAGAAACAGGUACAGGGAAAACAUCAGCUGUACAGUAUUUGGCACACCACACCAGAAACAAGUUACGUGUUAUAAACAUGAAUCAGCAGAGUGAUUCAUCUGAUCUCCUUGGAGGAUUCAAGCCAGUCCAGAUGAAAACUAUUAUCGCACCUGUACGACAACAAUUUGAAGACCUCUUUGCUGUUACAUUUUCAGCUUCUAAAAACAAUAAAUUUCUUGAACACAUUAUGGUGUGUUACGUCAAUCAGAGGUGGAGUGACUUAUUUACUUUGAUGGAACAUUCACAGGAACGUGCUGUGCAUAAAUUAAGUCAUUCAAAUGAUACAGUAGAGCAGUAUAAGCAAACACAUACUAGAAGCAUAUUGGCUAAAUGGCAUAAAUUUAGGCUCAAAAUAGCAAGUUUGAAAGACCAAGUACAACAUGCUCAGAGUGCCCUAGCCUUUUCCUUCAUUGAAGGAACUCUAAUCAAGGCUAUUCAAGAUGGAGAGUGGGUGUUGCUUGAUGAAAUAAACUUGGCCAGUGCAGAGACUUUGGAAUGUUUAUCAGGACUUCUGGAGUCUGAUUCUGGAUCCUUGACACUGCUAGAGCGAGGAGAUUUCAAGCCUGUAGCUAGACAUCAAGAUUUUCGUCUUUUUGCAUGUAUGAACCCAGCUACUGACGUAGGAAAGAAGGAAUUACCAGCUGGACUGCGAAACAGAUUUACAGAGUUCUUUAUGGGAGAACGUCAGAGCAAACAGGAUCUAAUGAUUAUUAUAAAUGACUAUUUAGUUAAGUUGGGUCCAUCAAGCAAGCAAGUGAAAGGUAUUAAGAACUUUUACAGGAAAGUAAAGGAAGAUUCAGAAGUAAAGCUGACUGAUGGUACGGGUCACAAGCCACAUUACAGUUUACGCACCCUCUGCCGUGCACUUACUGUCGCUGCCAGGAACCCCUGCUCCAGCUUACCAAGAUCACUCUUUGAGUCCUUUUGUUUAUCAUUCUUAACUCAGUUGGAUCAGGCGUCUUAUCGUGAAGUAAUAGCUUUAAUCAAACUUCAUGUCUUGGGCAUUAAUCCCAAAGGUAAAGAGAAUGACAAACAAAACUUCAAAUUGACAUUAGACCCAAUCCCAGCACCUGCCAAUGAGAAAGCUGUGCAAAUUUUGGGUUACUGGGUUCCACAAGGUGAUCAAGAACCUUACUCACCACACAAUUACAUUAUGACUGGAACUGUGCAGAAAAACCUAGAGGAUCUUGUGCGUAUUGUGAGCAUCGGUCGGUUCCCAGUAUUGUUGCAAGGUGAAACCUCUGUUGGCAAGACAUCCCUAAUUACAUAUGUUGCCCGCCUCACUGGAAAUUUGUGUGUGCGCAUUAAUAACCAUGAACACACAGACCUUCAGGAAUAUGUAGGAUGUUAUGCACCAGAUACAAGUGGAAAACUGGUUUUCAAAGAAGGAGCGCUUGUAAAAGCAAUGCGUAAGGGCCACUGGAUUAUUUUAGAUGAACUCAACUUGGCCCCCUCAGAUGUGCUUGAAGCUCUCAAUCGUUUACUUGAUGACAAUCGGGAACUCUUUAUUCCUGAAACGCAAGAAACAGUUUGUGCUCAUCAGCGCUUUAUGCUCUUUGCUACUCAAAAUCCUCCUGGAUUAUAUGGUGGAAGAAAGGUGUUAUCACGAGCAUUCCGCAAUCGUUUUGUAGAAUUGCACUUCACUGAGAUCCCAGCACCUGAACUUGAGGUAAUCUUGCACAAAAGAUGUGAGCUGCCUCUUUCUUACAGCAAAAAAAUGAUUUCAGUUUUGCAAGAUCUACAAAAUAUGAGAAGAGGAUCAAAUCUUUUCCAGGGCAAGCAGUCAUUCAUUACUCUCCGUGAUCUUUUCCGAUGGGCAGAGCGAUAUAGGCUUGCUCCCAAGCAAUUGACAAAAUUUUAUGACUGGGACCAACAUCUUGCAGAUGAAGGUUACCUUGUUUUGGCAGGCAGAGUUCGAUUGGAAGAAGAAUCUACUGCUAUUAGAAAGGUUCUGGAAAAAAGACUCAAGAAGAAGAUGGAUAUGGACAACCUCUUUUCAUUAUGUGAAGAGACAUCUUUGGUUACCAAAUCAUGUUUGAAACAAAUGUGUGCCAUAAAAGGUUUUGAGCAUGUAGUUUGGACACAGGACAUGCGUCGUUUAUAUGUUUUAAUUACAAAGGCUCUUAAUUUUGGGGAACCUGUUCUUCUUGUUGGAGAAACUGGCUGUGGAAAGACUACUGUAUGUCAAAUGAUUGCUGCUCAAAAUUGUCAGGAUCUUUAUACUGUCAAUUGUCACAUGCAUACAGAGGGAGCAGAUUUUCUUGGUGGUCUUCGCCCUGUUCGAUCCCACACAAUUGAAGAUGAUCGAUUGUUUGAGUGGGUGGAUGGCCCACUUAUUACGGCCAUGAAAAAUGGAGGAGUGUUUCUCGCUGAUGAAAUAUCUCUAGCUGAUGACAGUGUUCUAGAAAGGCUAAAUUCAGUUCUUGAGCCGGAGAGAAUAUUGGUAUUGGCUGAAAAAGGUACAGAUGCUGGAGGGGAUGUAGGUAGUCUCGAGAUUAUCCAUGCACAUGAUCAGUUCAGAUUAAUAGGCACCAUGAACCCUGGUGGAGACUAUGGAAAAAAAGAACUUUCUCCUGCUCUUAGAAAUCGCUUCACAGAAAUUUGGUGUCCCAAAGUUGAAAUUAAUCGUGUGACAUCUGAUGUACUUGGAAUUAUUGAACAUAAUAUUAGAAAAGAAAUUAUUUUGAACAACAAAGAAAAUGCAAGUGGCAUAGGCACUGCAAUCUUAGAAUUUAUUGAAUAUUUUACCAAAACAGAUCUUGGUAAGAAAUGUGUUCUUAGUAUCAGGGACUUGUUAUCUUGGGUGAAUUUUAUUAAUAAAGUUGCUUCAGCUCCAGUUUACAUGGAUGUAGGUUUAGCUUUCAUCCAUGGAGCUUGUCUUGUACUUUUAGAUGGUUUAGGGUCAGGGCUUACAGGUAGUGGUACUGCAGGGUGGAAGCAACUGAGAGAUGCCAGUCUUGAUUAUCUUUGUCAGCUAGUGUGGCAGAAAACUGGUGUCAAUCCCAACAGAUCAACACUUCAAGAAGAAUUUGUUAGCAACUUGACAUUUGUAAACACUGAAAAAUUGUUUGGCAUUGGGCCCUUUACAAUAAAGAAAGGCUCAGUGAGUAAAUGCAAGUCUAGCAUGUUUACUUUUAAGGCUCCUCGAACUUGUAUAAAUCUGCUCAGAAUUCUGCGUGGUUUGCAGCUAACAAAACCUCUGUUGCUGGAAGGCAGUCCAGGUGUUGGUAAAACCAGUUUAGUGAUGGCUUUGGCUAAAGCUUCUGGUAAUGAUAUCGUGAGAAUCAAUCUUUCUGAACAAACAGAUGUAAGUGAUCUGUUUGGUGCAGACUUGCCGGUUGAAGGAGGCAAGGGUGGAAUGUUUGCAUGGCGAGAUGGCCCUCUGCUACAAGCCUUGCGACAUGGUUCUUGGGUAGUAUUGGAUGAGCUAAACUUAGCUUCCCAGUCAGUGUUAGAAGGAUUAAAUGCUUGCUUUGACCAUCGUGGUGAGAUUUUUGUUCCCGAAUUAAGCAAAACCUUUCAAGUGGAAUACCAGACUACGAAGAUCUUUGCUUGUCAAAAUCCACAGCAUCAGGGAGGUGCUAGAAAAGGCCUUCCUAAAUCUUUCCUCAAUAGGUUCACACAGGUACAUGUUGAGGCUUUGUCAUCUGCGGACUUAGAGUUUAUUCUGAGCAUGAUGUAUCCAGACCUACCAUAUGAAAUAAUUUCAAAUAUGGUAAAGUUCAAUCAGUCUAUCGCAGAAAUUUUGAACCAAGGAUUAUGGGGUAUUUGUGGUGGACCAUGGGAGCUAAACCUGCGAGAUAUGUUCAGGUGGUGUGACAUCAUGAUCAAGCAUCAGUCUUCUGAGUCAUACAACCCAGGCCAGUAUGUGGGCUUAAUCUAUUCUGAUCGCAUGAGGACAAGUGAAGACAAGAAAAAUGUGUUUGAUUUGUAUGACUCUGUAUUUGGGGAAGACUAUCCAAGUUAUCAAAGUACUGGAAGAUUCCACAUUACAAUAACAUCAUUACAAGUUGGUCAGUCACACAUCAACAGAAAUCAUAAUGGAGAUUAUAGUGAAGAAGACAACAGUGGAGACCUCUAUAUGAUGCACCACCAACUUCCUGUGCUAGAGAGCCUCAUAAAUUGUGUCAGCAUGAACUGGAUGGCUAUAAUGGUUGGUGAGUCUGGAGUUGGGAAAACAUCUGUGGUUAAACUUCUAGCAAGGUUGACUGGUUACCGACUUCUUACAUUCACUGUUAAUUCAGAUAUGGAUGUAACAGAACUUCUUGGUGGCUUUCAACAGGUGGACUAUGGGCGUGAGCUCAGUGAAGUAGGGAGUGCUGCAGGUUGUGUAGCAUGGGCAGCUAUUAGAGAAGCACUCUUGGCUGGUGAAGAUAGGCAUGCUAAAAAGAUUCUCAUGGCCUGGGACAAGUUUUGUUCUGCUUGCAAUGAUAAAACAAAGAGGACAUCAUCUGAGGAGGCAGUGCACUUCCAUCACCAAGGCAACCUCCUGCUGGCAGUUCUUGGCACUCUCAUAACCACAGAAGUGACAAUGGGCACCAAGACUACAUGCCAGAUGAAUGAGCAACAGUGUCUUGAAAUGAAUAGUGGAACUGAUGAGACUAAUUCAGCAUCUGUCAAAGUUGAGGAGUUACGUAGGCAUGUCAGAAAGCUACAAGAGUGUGUGAAAGAAUCUGGUGGUCUGUCAGGUGGUGGCAGCUUUCAUUGGGUUGAUUCAGUUCUAGUCAAGGCAGUGCGUGAUGGUGAGUGGCUACUUGUAGAUGGUGUGAACUUGUGUUCUGCAUCAGUGCUCGAUAGGCUUAAUGCUUUGCUGGAACCUGAUGGUGUUCUGACCAUGAGUGAAAGAGGUGCAGUGGAUGGAGCUGUCCCAACUAUUGUACCUCAUCCCAACUUCCGCCUUUUUCUUGUUAUGAAUCCUCAAUAUGGAGAGAUAUCACGGGCCAUGAGGAAUCGAGGUAUAGAGAUCUGCAUGAUGAGGUCAUGGACAAAGCCACAGGACUUGCGUGCCGUAUUGUUACAGGGAGGUCUCACCUCUUCUCAUCUACAGAAUGCUCUUGUCCAGGCUCACCAAGAUAUUGCACAAAUACUUCCUGUGUAUGAACAGCCAAGCAUAUCUCAAAUGAAGCAGGUGGCAUCACUGACAUGCCAGUUGAUCCAGACAGGUCAUCAGCCCAACUCUGCUCUUAGAAAGGCUCUGGAACAUGUCUAUGUGUGGUCUCAGAAUAACUCCAUCAAACAUCAAGCAGUUAGUAAGGUCAUAGAUGAAAUUGCAAGAUGGUUGACAACUCUCCCUGAGAUAGCAUGGCCUCCUUAUGAAGAUCAGGUGUUGAGUAUGCGUAGGCUAAGUAGGAGCAGUAGCUUGGCACAAAUUAGAAUUUUAGGAUCCUUGUUGCACACUGUCUUGCUGGCUCAUGAAAAUCUCGAAGCUCUGAAAGUCUGGGCAUCUGCACCCUUGUCUCUCCCAAGACCACUUCCAACUACAGUGUGUGAUAUACCUCAUUGUCUAAUAAUACUUUUGACCACCAUCCCUAUGCAGGACUGGCCCUUGCUUUAUGCUUGGGUAUCACAGUUAAUCCUGUCUCUACCCUCUGCUGCAGCCCAACUUGGCUGCAAGGCAGCAUCUGCAAUACAAUAUGCUGUUUCCACUGGUCCAUGUUGUGCUGCUCAGACUUUAAUAGCAAAUUUUAACUCUAACUGUGUUUAUGAUCCUCGGUACAACCUUCAGGCACUUUCAAGGCAAAUGAUGGUUUAUAAAGAUUUUGAAAGUUUGGCUAAUAAAGCUAGUCUCUGGGUGUGGGAAACAGUGAAUUUCUUGUACAAAGAGCUUCAAAUUUCUAGUAACAAACUGAGUGAUAAUUGUACAAUGGACACAAUGACUGUACUGGAAAUUUCUUAUGCAGUAAAUGAGGGCCUAGCUGGAAAGAAUACUUCACCUCAUGCUUCGGUGCCAUUCAUAGUACCUUUUCUCAAUCAGAUCCACCAAACAAUUCUUGAAGUCUCAAACAACACUCGUGUAUCACUCACAGACAAAGAAUUCUGCCAUCUGUUGGGUGCUCUACGGUGGUGUGACCGCCUUUAUCACUUGUGUUGUCAAGUAGUGAAGAAGUCUAAAUUCCACUUAUUUUUGCCACAGUUGAUUCUUCAUUGGAAGUGGAUUGAAGAGGAACUACUUCAGAAAAUGCCUGGGUCAUGGAGUUCAUGUGUUUCAGAGAAAUUGAAAGAUAUUAUUGAACACAUGCAGUCAGCAUUUAAGAGAGAAUUUGACGGGAUAAGCAAGUUGGCAGUAAGUCUUCGGGUACACACGUCUCCUGCUCCUUUUACAUCUGCAGAGAUCUUGGAUGUUCAUUCUUGUAUAUUAAACCUGGUAUCCAGGAUGACUUUUACUCCUAAAAGGGAUAACUUCAACUUGUUUUUAGCAUCAUCAGUUGGAAUGGAGAUAAGAGAGUCACUGAUUUGCAUUUCAAGAAAGUUUUCAAAUUGUGAUGCUGAUAGUAUUAGUAACAUUCUUGACCAGCUUAACACAUUAAAAGAAACAAUACAUUCAAAACAUGCAAAAUUUCCUUUAUCACUGAAGACCAUGGAAGCUGAUAUAUUAGCUCUUCAAGUUCAAACAUGGCCUUUGUUUGACUAUUUGGCACUUCAUGCACUGUCAUUUGAAAGACUGUGUGAAGAGUUGCCUCCAUACCUGCAUGAUGUGAUUAUCAAAGCUCCUGGGGUGUACAGAGAACUGGCAGGUGCUCUGGCUGGGCCAGCAUUUAAACUUUUUCCAGUUAUUAGUACUCAUAAGUACCUGGCCCUCAGUCUGUGCACUGCUACACAGCACUCUCGCACUUUCCUUAUGUACCCAUACUCUGUCACAAUGGAAGAUAUGGAGGAGCAACAGCAGGAUGAUGUGCUUCAUCCUUCGGUAUGCCAGCUUACUUACAUAUUGUUGGCUGGCAAUAGUAGACAAAAUACUGGUAAUGAAAAUUCAAUAGAAGUAGUUCCAUCUGGUCUUCAUGUAGAAAAAGUUGCUCAGCUGAAAGAUAUACGUUCGACAUUAUGGAACAAUUGGUUACAUCUUGCAGAGCCUGAAGAAAGCUAUGAAGCAUCAUUCACUAAAGCUGGUGUUAGUUUUAUUACUACAUCACUCGGUAGCAUUGCACUUGCUAUGAACAUUAUCCCAGAAACCAGUAAUGGAGCACAUGAUUUGUACACAGCUUUGAGCUUAGCUCAUAAGAUUGCUGAAGGUAGCAGCACUUUAUUGCUGGACAGCAGUCAGAAACUUCUUCUUAAGUUGGCCAACAUAGUCAAAGAACUCCUUGAAUGUCACGGUGACUGGAUGGAAAGGUCAUCCAUUGUAGCUCGUGCAGUUUUAAUUAUGGGGGUUGUACAGGCUAAUAUUUUGGGCCAUUUAGAGCCUGUUGACCCUGCUCAGUGUGUCAGUCUUAUGCUUCAGUAUCAUCAGGAGGAAUUAGAAGACUUGAAGUCACAUCUAAUGCUAUCAGAAUGGCUUGAAUAUUUGUGGGGCUGUCUUGAUCAGCUUCCUGUGCACUUAAAACACCCACACCUAGAAUUAUUUAAGGAUCGAUGUAGUCACUUAAGGAGAACUGUGUCAGAAUUAACUCAGCAAAUUGCUCACCGCCCUGAUCUAUCUGAAUAUUAUCAGUUAAGACAGGAUUUUACCCAUUUUCUUUCUACAGUUUUCACACAGGAAAAAAUGGAAGAGCUCUCAUCAGCUUUAGUGAUUAAUAAAGACACUCCCACUCCAGUUGUAGUAACAAUGAAGAUAGAUUGUAUGAUUGCUUCCUGUGAUAAUUUUGUACAGAGAGUUGUUCGAGACUACACUCCAUACCGUGAUCUCACUUAUCCAUUACUUUAUGCUGUUACCAUGACAUGUGAAGCUCUACGUCUGUUAGCUUCUCAUUCUCACAUAAAGAAUAUUAAUAUCACUUGUUGCACUAAUCUGACAGAAAGAUUAGUAACAUACUCAGCCUUUCCAGCAUUAAGAGAACCUUUGCAUCCUCUUCAGCUUCUGAAAGAGCAAUUAGAUAUUGCAAAGUAUGUACCACUCUUACUGCCAGAAGAUCAUUAUCCAGGUCAAUCAAAGAUAACUAAUAACAUAAUCUUACGUGCAGCGCUCUUAGAUUUGUUGAACGUAGCCCUUGCUCAGUAUUACUUGGAUGAACCUACUAUUCAUUUAGCUACACAAUUAUUUGGUGAGAUUGCCUUACGCUGGAGGCAACAAAUAGAAGAAAAAGCUUUACGUGCUCAGGAAGAAGAGUCUCUCUAUCGUUACAAGACUCGUACUUUAGCUGCUUCUGAAACUGAAGAAGCGAUUCAGGAGCGAGAAUUCCAUUUGGCUUUUCCUUCAUUUGACCAUGAAUUUGAUGAUCUAAGUGGUUUAAAUCUGAAUGAUAACAUGGAAACUAAUAGUAACACUGUUGAAGAUUCUGAAAAUAUCUCAUUUGGUGAUGUUAAGGAUGAUCAAAUAUGUGAAGUAAGUGAAUUGCAUCAUCUUAUCUUCACUUGUUUGGUUAAUACACACUGGUGUUCAGGUGCCAUCAGAAGUGCCACGCUUGCACCAUCACAAGUAGUGCCAGCAGCAAUUUUAAAAUUGCGUGUCCUGCAGUCUCUUGUUGGAACAGCUGGAUGCAUUGCCAGUUCUAAAUUAGACCGUGCUACAUUAGGGACUCAUAUACUGAGUAAUUACAAUUCAUGUACUCUCCUUACUGAUGCACCCUCUUUUGAGCUUUUUACUCAUCCAUAUGACAUAUAUAGAGACCCCAACCCCAAAGAAGUCUUGAAAGUUCGUCCAUUACUUCAGUCGGUACGCGAACGUGUAGACGAACUGCUUAAAUUGUGGCCUGAUCAUCCAUCGCUUCUAAUGGUUAACAGAGUUGUAACACGAGUGUUAGCCUUUCCUUUGACUUCACCGCUCAUGAGGCAUGUGGUUGGUCUUGAAACAGUGUUAGAAAAGGCUCAAGAGUGGGAGAAAAAUGCUCACAAAGGAGUUUCAAUGAUCGAGCAACUGGAGGCUGUCACACACCAGAUAUUAGAGUGGAGACAGCUGGAGCUUAAUACUUGGAGUUCAUGUUUAGACUCUGUGACACACAAAGUGGCUACAGAAGGCCGCAAGUGGUGGCCUCAUCUUCACGAUACAAUCCAAGCAGCCCUUACUGGAACAGUAUGUCAUGCUGAAAUAUCCUUAACUAUAAAACAGUUCUUGGAAACUUCAGUCUUGGGUGACUUCCAAACUCGUCUACAAUUGCUUUAUGCCUUUCACUGUAAUCUUGCUGUAUUGAAAACAAGUAAAAGUAUAGAGCAAUUGUUAGCCCUCACAUGGAACCUCCAUCAGUACUAUGCACAAUUUCUGCCAUUAGUGUCCUCCACACUCUCAAAGUUUAGGCAACCAAUAGAUAAGGAUAUCAAGGGUUAUGUAAAGAUAGCACGUUGGAAUGAUAUAAACUAUUUUGCUGUGCGUGAAUCUGUAACAAAAAGUCAUCGUACUCUUCACCGUUUUAUGCAGAACUGGGAGAAAAAGUUAAGGCAAUCCGUUGCACCUUUCAUUUGUGACAACAAUGCAGAACUGAUGCCAGAUCACACUGGAACUUGGGACAAAGAGUUUAACAAUGUAUCAGUGGCUGUAUCCAUGCCCACAAUCUCUCCGAUUUGCAGUAUGGUGGAUCACGCAAACAGAGCAACAAAUGAUUCAAUUUUAUGUCGACUAGACUUACUCACUCGUCGCUGUCACAAGCUAGCAUGCCAUACUUUGAAAAAACUUCCAUAUUCUUCCUAUGUUGAUGUACUUGAAGAGGUCACAACCAGCAUUAUCACAAAUUAUCAUGAGCUACAGGCUGCUGCAUCACGUUCUGAGAAUAUCUCAGUAUCUGAGGUGCGAAUGAAGCAGUUGCGCAACAUCAUGCAGCGAAGAAGGGAUUGUCUGACUCGUUUGUUUAAGUCAUUGAAUUCCAUGGGUGUUACAUACACACGUGGCAACAGUUCUUGGCAAGAUGAGGUCAUAGAUUCUUGCUUAACAUUACCACCUCUAGAUCUUGACAUUGCUCACUCACUCAUAAACUCACUUAAGUUAGCAAGAGAAGUAUGGCCUGGAUGUGUGAAAUACUUAAAUCGUUGUAUUAGUCGCCAUACUCUGUUUCUUAAAACUCUCCAACACCCUCAUGGUGAUCUUGGACCUGAGCUUACCAAGCGAUUGCAUGGUUUUUCAUGUCAUUUAUUUUUAUUAGCUCGAAAUCAGCGAAGAUCUCUGGCCAGUGUCAGUAAUUACAUUAGGCAAUUCCACCUUCUGUUAAGAGAUUUGAAAACUGUCAAACCACAUCCUAUACCAGUUGCCAAAAUGGUUAGUGGCUUUGAAAGUCUUCAUGCAUUAGCAACAUCUCUCUCCCUUACCAUAAAGGAAACCUGUAUUCUUUUAAACACUUCAAGCAACACUGCUCCAGUGGUGAUACUUCAGAAUGAUGUAACAGUCUUGCAGCAAAUACAGUUCCAAGAUGCUGAGAGAAGGCUUGAUGAAACCAGUGAAAUAGUAUGUUGUCUGACAAAACAGCUUGCUACAUAUUUGAUUCACUUCAAACAUGGACAACAUUUGGUGACUCCAGAAUACUAUGAAGGCUUUUUGGCAGCAAUGAAUCUGCUUACUGCUGAAGCUAAGAAAUUACAAGAAGUUAUUAAAUUGCUGUCAGUAGGUGAUAGAAAGAAGCAUCCCCUCACUAACCAGCUGACACAUUGGCUGACACAUUGGCACUCUGCUUUCCAGGAUCUUUCUACUUUGGUGGAUUCUCAGCCACUGGAUAUAGCAAAACAUGGUGGUGACUUGACUUACCUAGAGUAUUGCUUGACUCAAGCUUUAUUGGGGGUUGAAUUCAUGUAUAAGAGACACUGCUCUGUAGACAGUACUGUGGAGAAGAGCAGUGAAGAAUUUGUAAAGGAUAUGUUAACUCUUGGCUUAGUUGAAAACCUUGAAUCUGAUCAGAAAAAUUUAAGAAUGAAGGAAGUUGUAAGUGGAUUGCAAAAAUUGAUGAAUGAAGCAGAAAACCACCCAAAUUUAUUAGAAAAACUUAAAGCUUCAGUUCCUCUGUUAGAACAAUAUCAGGCAAUGUGUGAAACUGUUUUAUUACAGAUGGUUUGCAGUAACAGAAGCAUCACAAAAUUCACAUCCAUUGUCUUGGCUAUUUUCCAACAGCUUGCAAUAAAAGGCUUUUGUCGACCCCAAGAGUUGGAUAAUGAAGCUGAAGGUGAAGGCGCUACAAACUUCCAGGAUUCAGAAGGUACAGGUCUUGGAGAAGGAGAUGGGCAAAAGGACGUGUCAGAACGUAUUGAAUCUGAGGAUCAGCUUGAAUCGGCUUUGAAAGAGGGUGAAAGUGAAAAAUCAGGUGAUGCGGACUUGAAAGAGGAAGACCAAGGCAUUGAGAUGAAUGAAGAUUUUGAAGGAAAAAUGCAAGAUGUUGAACAGAAGGAAAGGGAUGAAGAUGAUAGCGAUGAAGACAAUGAAAAUGAUAUAGAUAAGCAGAUGGGAGAAACUGAAAAAGAUGCAGAGAAACUUGAUGAAAAAUUGUGGGGUGAUGAUGAAAAUGAGAGUGAAGAUGGAGAAAACGAUGAAAAAGAUGAGGAUGGUCCAGGUGAUGCUGCAGUCACAGAAUCAAAAAUGGUAGCUAAAGAUGACAAUAAAAGUAAAAAGGAGAGAGAUAAAGAUCAGAAAAAGAAAAAUGAAUUGGAAGAAAUGGAAGAUACAAGAGAGGAAAAUGCAAUGGAUGAAGACGGUAAUGAAUAUGAUGACAAUUUCACUGAUCCUUAUGGUGGUGAAGCUGACAGGGAAAAGGAAGAUGAAGAUGAUAAAUUGGAAUUACCUGAUAAUAUGCAGUUAGAUGACAAUGAGGCAAAUAAUGAGGAUAGUGAUGAUGGAGAAUGUAAUCCUAUGGAAAUAGAAGAGAAGGGCGUCUUCCCUGAAGAAGAGCGUAUUCCAAAGGAAAAAGAUGAAAAAAAUGAUGAAACCGAGGAACAAAACAAAGCGAAUGAAGAAAAGGAAGUCAUUGAGGAGCAGGAAGAAGAAAUGGCUGGAAAAGAUGAAGAUAAGCAGUCGGAGGAGUCCAUGAAAGAUGAACGAAAACAGGGUACAGAAGAAGGAAAUGACAUAGAAAAUGCUCAAGAAGAUAGAAAUGAUGAAGAAUGUGCUGAUCCUUCAAAAGACAAUGUUAGUAAGACUGCUGCAGAAGCAGCAGAGAUGGAUACAACAGAAGGCAGCAAGGAUGAAACUAAGGAACAGCCAAAGUCGGACCAAAGUAUACAGCGGGAAGACAAUGAAGAGGAACUGCAAGAGGAACAUGGUCAGGUAGGUGAGCAGACAGAUGACCAGGAAGGUGUGGGUCAGUCUGAAAGUCGCACCCGUGAUGAUGCACACAAAGGAGAUUCUUCUGCCUUGGUCACCCAAGCAUCUGCCAAUGAUCAGAACGAUAUGAAGAAGCCUCGUAAACCUGGUCAAAGAGAUGAAGAUAGGACACUGGGAGACAAUAAUGAGAAUGUACAACAUGGGGUAAUGACUAAGGAGAUGAAGAAAUUGCAAGAUCAGCAACAACAAGAUAAAGAUAAUCAUGAGAAUGAUGCAGAGCAGAAGAACUCUUUGUAUGAACAUAUUAACAAGGCGGAAGAUUACUUUGAUGCCCAGAUUGUUGAUGUUGGUUCCCAGGAACAGGCCAAUGAAGCACCAGCAGACAUAGAAGGUGAUGAUAAAUUACAAGAGAAUGAAGAACUCUUAGAAACUCCUAUGGAGGAUGAGGAGGAAAACCUGGCAGAGGAAAAGGAGGCAGUAUCCCAAGAUAACAAGAAGAAAGAAAACCAUGACAGAAGCCAGGGCAAAGGUGAUCCUCAGGGUGAAGGUGAAGCACAGAUGGUUACAGAGGGGGAGGCUGUACUUGAGUCCACAAUGCAACGACCACCAGAGACAUACUUCCACACACUCAUACUAAGUGAAAAUGAAGAAGAGGAAAAGGCGGUUGCCAGAUUUGACGAAGAUGUGGAGGAAACAAGACGUCAGAUAGAAGUUGUGCGCUCUUACACUGAGGAUGAUGGCUUAUCUUGGACACAACAGGAAGCACGUGUGGCUCCUAUAGCUCUACAGUUAUGUGAACAGUUACGCCUAAUCUUGGAGCCAACGCAUGCAGCCAGAUUACGUGGUGAUUAUAGAACAGGCAAAAGGCUGAAUAUGCGAAAAGUGAUACCUUACAUAGCCUCACAGUUUCGCAAGGACAAGAUAUGGCUUCGAAGAACACAACCUAGCAAACGAAAUUAUCAAAUUUUGGUAGCUGUUGACGAUUCUGAAUCUAUGGCUGAAGCACAUUCAGGUAGCCUUGCCAUAGAAAGUGUAGCCCUUGUGACCCGUGCUCUCACACUGCUGGAUGCUGGACAACUGGGGGUUAUUAGUUUUGGGGAAUCCACUCAUAUUCUUCACCCUUUUGAUGAGCCAUUCAGUGAAUUAUCAGGUAGCAGAGUUCUUGCUAACCUUAAGUUUGAUCAGAAAGUAACCAAUUUUGGUCGUAUGCUAGAGGAUAGUGUAGCACUGAUGAAUGGGUCCAGAGCUGCUAGUAGCCAUGGAAAUCCUGAUACUGCUCAGCUGCUGCUCAUUCUGAGUGAUGGUCAGACACAAACAAGGUCAGAAACUGUUAAAGCAGCUGUAAGAGCAGCCCGAGCAGCCAGAAUAUUUAUUGUUUUUCUAGUCUUGGAUGCAAAGGACAACAAAUAUUCAUUUUAUGAUGUAUUGGUAUUUGACAAAGGCACAAUGCAACCACUAGUAGAGUCUUUUCCCUUCCCAUUUUUCCUGGUUGUACGCGACUUAGAGACACUACCAAAUGCUCUAGCUACAGCUCUCCGACAGUGGUUUGAAAUAGUGACUGCUGAUGCAGCUCAUUAAGUUCAUGAGAUUAUUAUGAAUCGAUCUCCAUGGAGAAUUCUUCCUCUAAGCCACACGUGUUGUAAGAGGUGACUAAAAUGCUGGGAGCAAGGGGCUAGUAAGACCCCUUUCUUGUAUAAAUUACUAAAUGUAAAAAGGAAAAAUGUUAUCUUUUUUGGGUCUCACUGCCUCGGUGAGAGGUGGCCUGUGUGUUAAAAACAUUGUGAAUCAGUUAAUGUUGCCCUCAUAAGUUAAAACAUGUUAUAUAUUGACAUUUAAUUUUAUAUGUUGCCUUAUUUUUUUGAAAAUAAAAUGUUAUGCUAAGUA